AUGGACGGCCCAGACCAGAUCGGACCCGACUAUUCGCCAAAGCGCUCUUUCAGCGACAAACUCCGCAAUGUCGCAAAGACUUUCACCACUCGGGAGGGUUUACUAGGAGACUACGACUAUGCAUACCUCUUCAUUCCCCGGUUACCUUUCACAAAAAGAGAGCGCAAAUCCGCGCCAUUCUUCGGUCUUGAAGACCGCGUUCCUGUCGUCCUCGCUUUGAUCCUUGGUUUGCAGCAUGCGCUUGCAAUGUUGGCUGGUGUCAUUUCACCUCCCAUCAUGCUCGGCGGCUCAUCAGGUGUCAACUUCGGCGACGAACUAUACCAAUACCUCGUAUCGACUUCAUUGAUUGUCUCCGGUCUUCUAAGCGCUGUUCAAAUGUUCCGUCUACACAUCAGAGGAACAAAAUACUAUAUCGGAACCGGCCUGCUUUCCGUCGUUGGAACAUCAUUCUCGACAAUCACCGUCGCCCAAGGCGCCUUCACCCAAAUGUACAAAUCAGGCUACUGCCCAACAGCAGAAGACGGAACAAAACUCGCCUGCCCAAAAGGCUACGGCGCCCUCCUCGGCACUUCCUGUCUCUGCGCCCUGCUUGAAAUCGGCAUGUCCUUCAUGAGCAGUCGCAUCCUCGCCCGCGUCUUCCCCCUCUCGUCACUGGCCCUACUGUCCUCCUUAUUGUCGGCUAUGACUGACUGGGCUGGUGGCUCUGGCUGUGGUGCCGAUCCCUCGAACCCGACCAUGUGUCCCAGUGCUGAUGCGCCGCAUGCCCUGCCUUGGGGUUCUGCCGAGUUCAUCGGUCUUGGUUUUCUUGUCUUCGUCACGAUUAUCAUUUGCGAGCGUUGGGGUCCCCCGAUUCUGAAGAGUUGCUCCGUUAUUGUUGGUCUGCUGGUUGGCUCUAUUGUUGCUGCUGCUUGCAACUACUUUGAGUCCUCUGGUAUUGCCGCUGCGCCGGUCGCUUCUUUCGCUUGGGUUCAUACUUUCCCCUUGUCGGUUUACCCGCCGCUGAUUUUGCCGCUGCUGGCCCUAUAUAUUGUCAUCAUGAUGGAGUCUAUUGGUGAUAUCACUGCUACUUGUGAUGUCUCCCGUCUCCAGGUCGAAGGUGCUACUUUCGAUUCCCGGGUCCAGGGCGGUGUCCUCGGUAACGGUAUCACUUGUUUAAUUGCUGGUCUGAUGACUAUCAGCCCUAUGUCCGUCUUCGCACAGAACAACGGUGUCAUUGCCCUGACGAAAUGUGCCAACCGCACAGCUGGCUACUGCUGCUGCUUCUUCCUGGUUGUCAUGGGUGUCUUUUCCAAGUUCGCCGCUGCGCUGGUUGCUAUUCCUAGCCCUGUGCUCGGUGGCAUGACUGCUUUCCUGUUCAGUUCUGUUGCAGUUAGUGGUCUGCGCAUUAUUGCUUCUUGUGAAUUCACCCGUCGCAACCGGUUCAUCCUCACUGCCAGUUUCUCCCUUGGUAUGGGUGUCACUCUCGUCCCUGAGUGGUUCGGUUAUUUCUUCACUUACAGUGGUGAUAACCAUGCCUUGGAGGGUCUGCUGAAUGCUUGUGACCUGGUCAUGGAGAACGGCUUCGCUGUUGCUGCUUUGUUGGGAAUCUUCCUUAACCUGUUCAUUCCUGAGGAGGCUGAUGAUCUUCCUCCUAUGCUGGACUCAACUGACUCCGAGGACGGUACUCAGGUUGAUCGUACUGCUCCUGAGUCCACUCCUAAGAUGGAACAUCCUGCUGCCUCGAGUGCGAGUGCUUGA